GCGGAGGAGAGAGUAGAGACAGAAGUACAAAUUUGGCGUUCUGCCUUUUGAGGUGGUUAAUAAGCAGCAGGGAAAAAAACUGGACCCCAGCAUGAAUUUUUCCUUUCCUCCAGUCCAACCACAUCUGCAUCUGCGAGCUUCCAUUAUUUCAUCCAAUCUGAAAUCCGCAUUCCAUUUCUGCCCAGGAAUUCAUAACUGUCCUAGGAGUCUCCAGCAUUUCAUACGGAUUGCAAUUGACUUGAAACUCUCGAAUUUUAAACUGGAAUCUUUUGCCGCAAAAAUAAUAAUCCCUCAACUUUCUUCUUCGUUUUAGCUCAUCUGGUCAACUUCCAUUCCAGAUUUCCAUUUCUGAUGCCAGGAACUGUCCAAGUUUCAGUUUUGGAAUUCAAGGGCCUUCCUUCAACAUGCUUGAAGCUUUCCCUGGGGAAAAGAGAGUAUCAAACUUCAGAUACAGGGGACUUCUUAUUCCCAUUGACAACUCUUCACGACAAUUUGGUUGUUAGGCUUCUGGAUGCUGAGGGAAAUGAAAUAGCUCUCACAGGCAUUCAGACAAUGUCGAUUGUUGAAAAGGUUUCUUGGGAUGAAAAUUUUCCUCUUGAUGGAGGUGGGCAUGUGCACUUGAAGUUACAGUUUGUUCUCAAUCAAGAAGAGCGAAAUCGCAUCCGCUUAAAGAGAGAAGCAGCAGUGAAAAAGAAACAAGAGAGUUUCUCCUACAUUAGCAAUGAAAAUCCAGAAAUUGCAACUUCAGUUGGUGGUUCUGUCACUUUGCCCCCCCAGGCCGAGCAGCAGGUCUCAGUGCUAGCCAGUCUAUUGCCAAAUACUGAUGUUUCCCCUGCUGGUUUACAAUCUAAUUAUCAAAGGGAAGAAGUAAACCUCCUCCAAGUAAACCCAAAGGCUAUGGAUAAAAGAGCAGGGACAUUCACUGCUCCUAAGAUUCAUGGAACUGAAGCUCACCAGAUUGCAUCUGAAGAGGAGCCUGACACUCAGCCAUCAGUGCCUAAAGUUGAUGUAAAUCUGGUUUUUGGAAAAGAACAGUCAUCUGAUUCCAUAAACACUGAAUUAGAUUUUUUUAAAAAGAGCAGUUCGGCUUCUAUUAGGCUGGAAGAUGAUGAUGUCGGUAAAUCUCCGCAACGAGGUCCAUUGGAGAAAACACCUAGCAAUGUGAGAAAGUUAGUUAGUGCUUUUGAAAGUAGUCUACCUAAGCAGGAUGUGAAAUCAUCUGUAAAAGCACCAACUGUCAGAUCUGAACCGAAAAAAGUUGGGAAGGGAGGUCAUUUGAAGGACUGUGGCCCAAAGGAUGUCACUGAACCAACAGAAACAAGUUCAGGAAGGAACAAUAAUCCAUUUGUUGCAGGGGACAUGAAACCGACCCUGGCUACUUCUGAUGAAAGGGAAGAGCCUUUUGGAUCUGGCAAAUGUUCUGUUAGCAACAUAUGGAGUAAGGUGAUAGAGACAUCAGAGCGUGAAUUAGUGGCAAACAUUAGACCAGUAGAAAAAGAAAUGAGCACAAUUGAAUGGACGGAAUCAUGUGCACAGUUGGAGAGAUCGUCAACUACUGAAAAAGCUAGUACAUCUGGUAGAAUGCAUACUGACCAUUCUGAAAGAGCUUUCUCAUUUCGGUUGUCUGCUGAGAAACAGCACUCUUCUGCCACUUCAUAUGCAGAAGGAAAAGGAAGAACCGAUUCCACAAAAACUGAUUUUCUAGUGGCUUCUAUAAAGAAAUCAAAAUCAGUAAAAUAUUGUGAGGAGGAGAAUUUUAAUUCUGAAAAUUCUGGCAUGUGGAUAUUCCCAAAUGACACAAAACACUUGUGUAUCACAACUGCAGGUAAGAGAGUAAUGAAUUUGUUAGGAACUGGUGCUACUGAAGCCAAACUCCAUCAAAAGAAGAACAGUUCCUCUUCAUCUGGCGAUACUAGGAAGCAUGGAUCUGACUAUGAGAUGAAAAAGCGUGAGAAAGAAUCUCAGAGUCCUAGAAUAUCAAGGUCGGAGAGCUCCUCAAAUGAUGCCUCUGGUGGACUUGUUGGACAGGUGAUAAAGAUUGCAAUCAUCGUGGGCUUUGGAAUACUUGUUUUCUUUACUAGACAACGAGAGCCCAGAAAGAGCAAAAGAGACACAAAUGAUCCUUUCUUCACAAGAUCAGAGUACAUGGAUGAACAUACAACUACAGCAGAACAAGUAGACUGACAGCAGACCAAAGAGUUGGAUAUAAAACUGACUUGCUAAUUGCCUAUCGUCAUAGAUCAUACUAACUUUUACUGGGCUCUCUAGUCGCAGACAAAAGCAAAGGGGGUUGGAUCUCAGAAGCAUUCGUCGCCCUACGUGUUGCCUAUGUCUUUUGCAGAUUCUGGAGUCCUUUUCUUGAUUAGUAUACGGGUAGAUAGUCUGAGAGACGUCCACAUAGCUUAUACAUGCAAGACAUUUUUAUGUCCCUGCUUCACGUUUCCAUCUUAAAUACAUUGGCAUCAAAGCUGAAUGAAGUUUAGACAUUAAUUGCAGACUGGGGAAGCAACUUUGGCUUCUGCACACUAA